AUGCGGAAAAGUACCUGGGUCCACCACGAGACCACAGAGCCCGAGAGUUCUGAGAGCGAGGAGGAAGACAGCUACCGCAUGCGCAGUAGCCGAACAAAGCCGGCACAGAAAUUCAAUUCCCAAAAUUCGCCCUGCGCCAGCUGUAGAGGAGACCAUGUCCAAUCGUCCUGCCAUUUCCGCAACACCAUUGCCACCUUAACCAUAAGCGAUGCAUCAUUCAGCAACCGCAAAUCUUCCUGGAUGUCAUUUGAGCCCUUCAACAUUCGACACAAGGUUCAUAUCCGGAUGCAAUUCCAGACCUUUUCAGGAAAUGGCAUCCUCUUUUACGCUGCUCAGCAUCUGAGUUCACGAUCAGGUGACUUCCUAAGUAUCACCUUGGCAAGUGGAUAUAUACAACUACGUUACAAUCUUGGGGACAGAACAGUAGUUUUACAGACAUUCCAACCUGUCCAUAGCACAAAUAAGACCUGGCUUUUAAUUAAAGCAGGAAGAGUUGGUAAUGAAGGCUACUUGGAUCUUGAUGGAAUCAACGUAACUCAGAAAGCUACCAGUGGCAUGACUUCCUUAGACACCCAGACUGAUUUCUAUGUAGGAGGACUACCUUCCUUAAACUUGGUUAAUCCCAGGGGAAUUAAGAAUGAGCCCACUGGCUUCACUGGCUGCAUUAGGGAGGUCUUUGUCAAUGGCAAAGAAUUAAAACUCACCGAGAAAGGAGCGAAAGGUGGUUCCAAUAUAGGAGAUUGCGACGGAACACCCUGCGGCUAUAGAUUCACGGGCAAUUCAUACAUCAAGUACACUGAUCCCAAUUAUGAAGGGAUCAGUGAGAGAGAUCUCAGAUUUACAAGGGUCUCCUUCAAUUUUACCACCAGUCAAAUGGAUGGUUUGCUCAUUUGGUUAGGAAAGGCUGAAGACGAAGAUAAUGACUUCCUUGGAGUAGGGCUUGAAAACGGAAUGCUGAAAGUUGUAGUUAACCUAGGAGAAAGAAUUGCCAUCCCUCUUAUUCACCAAGGAAAGAUGGCAUGCUGCAAAAAAUGGCAUUUUGUUGACGUUGUGCAAAACCGGACCCUCGUCGAAGUGUAUCUUGAUGAGGAACUGGCUCUUUUUGAAGAUCUGGAUCCAGAGAGAAAGUAUACGGUUCUAAAUUAUGGAGGCAUUUGCUACUUUGGAGGGUUUGGCCUUGACAGGAGAGAGGUGAGCCAUCGACAACGGACAGGCUAA